AGUUGUAGUCCGUCAUGGUGGUUGGGAAGUGGCUGCUGUGUUUUUGCCAUGGAAGAAGCAGAUAAAAAAGCUCCAUCUGUCAUUGACCGAUAUUAUACACGAUGGUAUAAAACAGAUAUGAAAGGAAAACCAUGUGAAGACCACUGCAUUCUUCAGCAUUCAAACAGAAUCUGUGUUAUCACCCUUGCAGAGUCUCACCCCAUUCUUCAGAAUGGGGGGAAAAUCAAGAGCAUCAACUACCGGAUCAGUGAUGGAUGCAGCCGCCUGAACAACAAAGUAUCUGGGAAGUCAAAGAGAGGUGGUCAGUUCCUCACAGAGUUUGCUCCACUGUGUAGAAUAACAUGUACAGACGACAUAGAGUACACCAUUUUUAGCUGUAUCAGAGGACGUCUAUUAGAAGUCAAUGAGGAUAUCCUCAAGCAACCUGACCUGCUACUGGAGAAGCCCUCUACUGAAGGGUAUAUAGCAGUCAUCCUACCCAAACUUGAGGAAAGCAAAAGCAUCACCAAUGGCCUUCUGACUAGAGAACAAUAUGAGGAAGUUGUCUCUAAGCGGACUGCUCAACAGCCAAAGCCUUGCCGAGAUCAGCCUUAAAGAAAUUUUCUCAGGAAAGUUUCAAUCAGCUAGUGAUCACGCAGUCUACCUGGUGAAGUCUGACAUGACUUGACUACACCGACUGAAGCUCAUCAUUACCAUGUCCAGUAGAAUUUCCAAGGAUUUUUUGUGUAUUAGAUGAGAAAAGCACUGUAGCCAUCAUGGCAUUUUGUUUUACCUUUCUCAUAUUUGCUGUCUACAGCCCCUGCUUUUUUCUAUGGACAAACUGUUAAGGAAAAAAAAAUAUAUUCACAGAUUUAACUAUUUUUAACACCACAUCUUAACA